AUGCAGAACUCUUCGAAGCUUGACGGAGGCAUCUUCCAAUUUGUGCCUUUUCAGAGCGUUGAUUGGAUCCGAGAAUUCGCCAUUUCAUCCCUUCGCCAGACAGACAUCAUCCUUCAUCUAUUGCCUGCUCCACUUGGCAUCGUCAUCUUUACUCUGCUUCUGCACAGAAUCUUCCAUCUGACUCGUAGAAAGUCUCAUGACAAUCGUGCAAUCAGCCCUGUGGUUGAACCCGAAAUUGCCGCUCCCAAUGUUGCCCAGGACGACUGGAUCCUACCGACGGCAGAGCAAGACAGCAAUGCUCUUGCAGUCUUAGACCGGCACCGAACGACCGGCUUUAAUGCUUCAAGAGAAACGAGGCAAGCAGUAGCUCUGUCCAUCUCCCGUUCGAUCAACAAUCCAACCAAGUUUUUCUUGGGCCUCACCUACUUCUUCAGCUUGCUCCUGUUCCUGGUCAUCAGCUUCUUCACCAUCUUGGCAGUCUCAGACUUGUCGUCUGACCUCCAAGCUUUGCCCAACCACACUGUCGACCUUCUGGCCAGCGGACUCCGGUUCGCCAACGAUUCACUGCAUUCCGCCUACCAGAUCACUCUGAAUCAAGUUUCCAAGGAUGCCAGGCUACCAAAACCUCUCGGCAGUAGACUCAUCCACUUAGUCAACAGUGCUAAGCUCAACUUUGCUCGGCUGGUUGUCGAUCUGGCCGCCUCCAAAAACCUCCACGGGGCUGCCAGAAGCCCGGUCCGACUCACCGACAAUGGUACAACGAUGGUUGCCGCCCGACGACUGGUGAAUUUGUUCGAUUUGCUGGUGAUGCGUGUUGACGGGUUAAUGCAAGCCUUGGAGCCGUUGAAUUCCACCUCAGAGUCGCGCAUUCAAGGCAGUUGGUACACCUAUCGGGAUGCCUGUAAGUCCAUGCUGUACGCCAGACCUUAUCGGUCGCUCUUGACGCCCGGAUUCACGGAGGGUGUGAAAGACUCGCCCACACAACGCGGCCUACCCCCCUUGCUACGGGAGACUGAGAAUCUGCUCUGCGAUUCUGCCAAGCAGGCCAACUGCUCGGCUGUACAUGCCUAUCUAGCCCGUGUCAGUCAAUAUCUGCACGAGAACAUAUCGUCUCUUCUGCCGAACGGUUCAUUCAAGACAGUCACCAAGUAUGCUCUUGUUUUGCAGAUGGUAGACGCAGAAAAACAAGCUCAUGCCUGGAUUCCUGCUCUAGCCAGCCCCGUUGCCAAGGGGGCGCCAGUUCUCCUUCACCAUUUUCUCUUGCCCGAGAUGGACAGGCUUGUCGAAACGAUGAACCACUGGACCAGGACUUUGUAUCCCCCAAGUCUACAGGCCCGCUUGGCCGACUACCUACACUUUACUAUCAAGGUUGCCAUAGCAAUAGUGUCAUGCCUACUUUGCCUCGGUCUAUUGCUCACUUGUCUCUCCUGCGUCAUAUGGUGCCAGAGGGCCCGAAAGUUCGGAGAGCCGGAGAAAGAGCUCUCGAAUCACUGGCCCUCGAAAUGCGCCUUUCGUCUGGUUGUGCUGUGCCUCUUCGGUGCCAUCUGCUUCCUCAUCAUCUGGCCGACUUGGCUGAUCGGAUUGGUCGGCUCGCUUGGAAACACUCAGUUCUGUCGCUACCUGACGCUGACACCGAAUCGACGCCUUGCUGAUGCCUUGCUUGAAGAGGGCAUUAGAAGAGAUCUGUUUCUCACCCAUUUACCGGUCGCAUUCCAGCAGAUCCUCGAGCUGCAACUCCAUUCACCAUAUCCUCUGAUUACCACUUUAGCCACGGAGUAUAGGCCCGGACAGAAGGAAGGCUUGUUAGCUAGUCUUGGUAUGAACAGACCCUUCAACUUUACUGCUGUCUUGGAUUCCGCCUGGCUCAACAUCACUUUGCAUGAGGCUUGGAGGCAUGUUGUUCGUCCGUUGCUGGAAGGAUCAGAUCUCACUUCUAAACUGCCAAAAACCGAUGUAUCACAAAUUUUCCUCCAGACUCGAAAAUCCUUGAAAUUGGACAACUUAUACGAUUCACUCAAGGUCGAACCAGUUACCAGGUAUCUAGUGGACCCAGGCUUGAGUAACAUAUUCGAGCCAAUUGUCGCCUGGCUUCAGCUCAUUGACUCCAAAGAGGCGACUUAUUUGUUGCCAUUCUUUGUGAAUGCCAGCCGAUUGUAUGUCGACUACUCGGAAGGCUUUAAGCAGACCCGAGUUGCGCUUGAGUUGGUUCAGAAAAACAAGAUGGUGCUUGGUCCAUUACAACAGCUGAUAGAUGUCGUAUCGCCUGCCUAUAAAACAUUUUCCAGUGCAGACAACAAAGCAGCGGUUGACUUCGUCGAGAGGACAUUAUUUCAAUCGUGGCCGGAACAAAAAGACUUAGCCAAGUCUACCCUGGUCCCAUUUGUCUAUGACCUACUCGAUGAAAUGGUCCCAUACGGUGGGAUUAAACAAAUUUUCCAGCUCACGGUAGGGACUAUGUGUAGUCCUAACUACUCUUCUCCAUCCAAAUCUAGGCAGCGCGAGGCCAUGUUUGAAAAUAUUCGUAAGUAUGGCCUUUAUACCAUGCUUACUGCCAUAACGGUACUGAUGCUGACGGUUUUUUUGAGCUUUCUUCUCUAG